GCCUGAGAGCCACCAAUAAUGCCAUCAUCUAAUCAGCCCCUAGCCUUCCCCACAAGCGCUCUAUUUGAGUUCCUCAGAAAUUUGCAUGUCUUUGUAACAAAUCGAGUCACUUCCACUGUCCCCAGACUGGAUCCAACCUCCCAUGUGUCGUCUCGGCUGUUGACAUCGUCCACCAGCCCCUUUCUACGACAAGGCCGCCAAACAGAUUUUGAUCUGGUUGCAACAAUGAGGAGACUGAUCUAAUCAUGAAGAUGCCUGGCCAAUUUGGUGCUUCCAGUUGUGACAGGACCGCACACCGUGACCGCAACUUCCUAUGCAGUUGCCCAACAGUGCCGAGGUUUUUCAAGCUUAUAAUACUCCCUCACCUCUCUCCUUCAACACUUGCUUCUUCCAUUCUCCAAAACCUUCCAGUCCGUCAGCUUUUCCAUCCACACAUCACUUCUACUUUAUUCUCCAUAUUGUGUCUCCAAGUGCUUCAGAGUACGAGCUUCAUUAAGUCGAGGAAUCAUCAUACCAUAUAUUCAGCGCCAACACGUUUGUCGAACGCAAUUUCUCGAUCACGGCACACCGCCUACCCCAAAAUCCAGUCCACGACUUUCAUCAGUCUCAAUUCUGAGCAUUACCGUUCCUCCCUCGAGACACAAUCAUCUGACAUCUUUUCAUCAUCCAUAAGCACACAGACUGGCUCACAGAUAGUCUCUCACGCACCAAAGACGGCGCCCUUUCCACAUCAAACAUCUCUACUAACUCCACUGAUCAUCAGUCAGACGAUCACUGUUGUUGCAGCCGUCACCAUAGUACCAUCAUCUCAGUCAUCAUUUUACAGCAUCGCAUCUUCACAUAAAACCCUUUUCACCUAUUCAUAAUCUGGUUCUCUGUUAGCAGUUUGCAUGUUAUAAAGUAUCACUCAACACAUUUCUAAUCUACAAACGGUAUCAAUACACCGAUCUUGACGUCUUUUCUCACCUCUCAUCCCUCCGUUGUUAUUUUUCUUCUCGCUAUAAUGGAGCCCAUCAAGAUCAAGACCACCGUUCUCACCGCCGACGCUUUGGCGAAAGCCAUGGCCGAGAUGCAAUCCAUCCUUUCCCAACUAACCCCCUCAGAGUACAAAGAUGCCCUGACCAUCCAGUCAGGCAACGAUUCCGACCGAUCAGCUCAGAAGCUGUUCUCCGACCCGGGGGGCAACGACUCGGUCAGCUCUGACCAAAACCUCACCACCACAACAACCCUUGCCUGUCCCAGUCAUCCAACCACCGACGAACCCACCACCAGCGAGACAAAACCUGGGCAAAACAACUACCACAUCCUCCCGCACCCGGUCCCGGUCUCCAAAUCUGAACCGCGGACUGUGAAAAUCGGCACGCUAAACAACAUCCCCAUCUAUCACUACUUCUCCCACGCCGAGCAGUUCCUCGCAAGCCAAGAAUACGCCACCCCGUUCGGGAAGCGCUUCCUCCUCGACGAGCCAGACAGCUUGUUGCCUUCCGAUGACCCCUCUGACAGGGUUUUCCACCCUCCUCCCCACUCGGAGGAGUGGUGGCCCGGUCCGGGGAACGCAAACAGGGAUUUUCGAUUCAAGAAAUAUUUUAAGAUACGCAAGUCGGGGCUUGGGGGGUUGGGGGCGUUUGCUACGGUGGAUAUUGAGAUGGGUAGGGUUAUCUUGUUGGAGAGGCCGCUGCUGUUGACCACGCAUGGGAGGGUGGAGGAUGAUGUGUUGGCGAUGCGGCAGGAGGGGAAGGGGAUUUAUAGGAGCUUGGAUGGGGGAGGUGAGGUGGGGUGGGUGAUCAGGGUGAAGGAUCGGAAUUGCUUUGAUCUGGGAGGUGGGAUAGGCUUCUUUGGGAUUGCCUCGAGGUUCAACCAUGCUUGUCGGGGUGCGGCGAAUGUGAAUUAUAAGUAUGAUCAUCACAGAAAGGUGAUGGUUAUGACGGCGAGGAGGGACAUCGAGGCAGGGACGGAGCUGUUUAUUGACUAUGGGGCUGGGUCUUCGGCUUGCUUGUAUGCCAUGUAUGGGUUUGUUUGUCGGUGCGGUGGGGGGUGCAGGCGGUUGACGAGGAGGGAUUUGGAGGCCAUGGGGGCUGGGUUGAAGGAACUUGUGAAGUGGGGGUUGGCGAGUGAGAAGGAAUUGGCGUGGUGAUUGGGGGUUUGAUAGGGGGGAUGAAAUGCGGUGAUUUAUGUGGGUGAUUUUCUCGCAG